CCUCGCGCCCCUCCCUGUGCCGUCAUUGGCUCUUCUUCUGAGCAUGUGUGUGCGUGCCGCUUAGCCGUUAGCAUUCAGAGAUGGCCGCAGACAAGCAAAACGAAGCUAAAGUUUCCUCCAUGGAUGAAAAUAAAGAAAAUUCACCGGAUGGAGGACUUGGACUGGAAAUUUUGCAAAUAAUCAAAGAGUCCCAACAGCAGCAUGGCCUCAGGCACGGAGACUACCAGAGAUACAGGGGCUACUGCUCCCGCAGACUGCGUCGUCUGCGCAAGACUCUUGGCUUUAAGAUGGGCAACCGACACAAGUUCAUUGGGAAGAAGAUCACUGUCGAAAUACUUUCUGACAGCAGAUAUCUGUUGCUGGUUUUGAUGGAGGCAGAGCGUGCAUGGAGUUACGCCAUGCAGCUGAAGCAGGAGGCCAACACAGAGCCACGCAAGCGCUUCCACCUGCUGGCACGACUACGCAAAGCUGCCAAGCACAGUGAGAAGCUAGAGAAGCUCUGCGAGAGCCCCCGUGUUGACGCCAAGACCAAACUUGAGGCACAGGCCUACACUGCGUACCUGACUGGUAUGGUGGAGUUUGAACUGCAAGAGUGGAAGCUUGCCAUGGAGGCCUUCAACAAGUGCAAGACCAUCUAUGAGAAGCUGGCCAGUGCGUUCACUGAGGAGAUGGCAGCUCUGUAUCGCCAGCGUGUGGAUGAGAUAUCACCCAACAUCCGCUAUUGUGCUUACAACAUUGGCGACCAGAACGCCAUCAUUGACUUGAUGCAGAUGAGACUGACUGGAGGAGGAGGAGGCAUGAUGGCCGAGAAACUAGAGGCCCUGAUCACUCAGGCAAGAACCAAGCAGGCAGCCACCAUGAGUGAGGUGGAGUGGCGAGGACGGACGGUGCCUGUCAAGAUCGACAAGGCCCGCGUUUUCCUGCUUGGUCUGGCAGACAACGAGGCUGCUAUCGCUCAGGCAUCUAACGAGGAGACCAAAGAGCAUCUGUAUGAGACCCUGUUGGCUGAGUGCAGAGACACCAUCCAGGCUGUGAGAGAGGAACUCAAGAGUGAGGCGAAACAACGAGAGAGGAGCUCUGAUGCCGACAGUGGAAAGGUAUCCAACCUGCAGUUCCUGCAUAGUUACCUGACCUACAUCAAGCUGUGUACGUUGGUGAAGAGGAAUGAGAGCAUGGCCCACACUCUGCAGGCUAAACUCAAGGAACCUGAAGCCGACGAGAACAAGAGAGGCCCCCGUCCACAGGACCUCAUCCGCCUCUACGACAUCAUCCUGCAGAGUUUGGCUGAGCUCUCCACCCUACAGGGUCUGGAGGAUGACCACACCUUCCAGAAGGAGGUGUCCCUCAAGACGCUGGUCUACAAGGCCUACAGGUGUUUCUUCAUAGCCCAGUCUUAUGUGCUGGUGAAAAAGUGGAGUGAGGCGCUGGUGCUGUAUGAGAGGGUGCUGAAAUAUGCCAAGGAGGUCAGGUCUAAGGCCAAGAGCCUGAACAACAGCCUCAAGGAUCUCCCUGAUGUUCAGGAGCUCAUUGCUGAGGUAAAUGCUGAGAAAUACUCCCUUCAAGCAGCUGCCAUUUUAGAUACUGAUGAGACUGUUGAAGUUCCUUCGCAGCAGCAGGUGAAAGACAACACGCCCCUCUGCAACCGCCUGGAGACCUUCCGUCUCGACCCCACCCUCGUAGGAAAACAGCCCAAUCUGGUCCAGUUCCCUCCUGAGUUCCAGCCAAUCCCCUGCAAGCCCCUGUUCUUUGACCUUGCUCUCAACCACGUGGCCUUCCCACCUCUGGAUGACAAGGUGGAGCAGAAGGGCAUGGGUGGAUUCACCGGCUACAUCAAGGGCAUUUUUGGCUUUGGCAGCUAAAUCAAUCGUACAGGCUCUGGUCUCCACAGGAGUUCACCACAAACUACCAGACUUGGGUCCGUUGUUAAUUAGAAUAAUUUCAGUUACUUUUAUGUUUUUAAUUUUUUGUUUCAAAGUGAGAGAUGGGUGGAGUUUGCAGUUCUGAGGAAG